CUUAUGGUUAAGAGACACGUGAGGCUCACGUGAUAUUCCGUGAUUUGAUUUAAAUUGGGCUCAUUGGAGGCUCAGUUUGUCUUGAUGGACCUACAAAUUGCGAUUCUCUCACUCCUCCGAGCUCGUCAUCCGUUCCGCGAUGGCCGCCCUUUUCUUCGCCGCCCGUCUCCUCCUCCUCCCUGCUUCUUCCUUCGAGGUUCUCGUCUUUCUCUGCGCCAAAGGCCAGGCGCAACGAGCUCUCCUGCUCUGCAAAGCCGCCGCCGCCGCCUCUGCUACCUCCCUUCCUGCGACUUCGGGCUCAAUGAUCAUAGUAUCGACGCGGAUAAGGCCCACAGGGGAAGAAGUGGAGGUCCAGGCCCAGCGUUAGGCGCAUCCCCAAACAUCUCAGCAUUGCUGGAGGAGGCUUUUGAGCAUUCAAAGCUCCAUUGCAGCUUGAUUACUACACGUAUCAUGAAGGCUACUGGUAACUGUUAGGACAUAAGACCAUGAGAAAUAACUACUCUUGGUGGUACCAAGCUCAGGUUCUUUAUCAGAUUAACCAUCAGGACACGGAUGGGGACAGCUGCCGCAAAGCUGAAUCUACGUUACGGUCCAGCAGAGUUCCGAGACUUGUCGGAGACUGGAACACAGGUUACACACACAAGCAGGUGCAAGUCUGCUCACCCUCCACAACUGUCCCAACUUCCACUGGAACUCAAUCUCAACUCUUCUUGGACAAGCCUCCAGCAUGUUAGACUGAGUACCUGAUGAGGUGCGGGCCAAACUUGUUGUUUCUUUCAUCCCAACGAUAGCAAGAGGCAGAAGAAGAGGAGGAGGCCUUCAAGCGGAGAAGAAGAUGCCUGCCGUGCCCUUGCCCGAGUUCCCCAUGUGGGCUAAGUUUGGCUACCGCUUCAUCGUGAAUAACUUCGUGACUUUGUUUCUGGUCGGGUCCAUGACAGCCGUGGGUUGGGAGCUUCUCCAGCUCGGCCCCGACGACAUCAUGGCCUUAUGGCGAUCCCUCCAGGAAAAGCCCAUCGAGACUCUCUCUGCAGUCUUCUUGGUGGCCUUCGUCGCCGCCCUGUACUUCAUGUCCCGCCCCCGGCCAGUGUACCUCGUCGACUAUGCUUGCUUCAAGCCGCCCUCCACAUGCCGCGUCCCGUUCGCCACCUUCAUGGAGCACACGCGGCUCAUCAACUCCGACAAAAAGAGCGUGCAGUUCCAGACGCGGAUUUUGGAGCGCUCCGGUCUCGGUGAGGAGACCUGCCUCCCCCCCGCGAACCACUACAUACCCCCCAACCCCACCAUGGAGGCGUCCCGCGCCGAGGCCCAGCUCGUCAUCUUCUCCGCCAUUGACGACCUGAUGAAGAAGACGGGCCUCAGGCCCAAGGACAUCGAUGUCCUCGUCGUCAACUGCAGCCUCUUCUCCCCGACGCCGUCCCUCUCCGCGAUGAUCAUCAACAAGUACAAGCUGAGGAGCAACGUCCGCAGCUUCAACCUCUCCGGGAUGGGCUGCAGCGCGGGGCUGAUCUCCAUCGACCUGGCGCGGGACCUGCUCCUGGUGCACCCCCGCGCCAACGCGCUCGUUGUCUCCACCGAGAUCAUCACCCCCAACUUCUACGCCGGCAACCAGCGGUCGAUGCUCCUCCCCAACUGCCUCUUCCGCAUGGGCGCUGCCGCGAUCCUCCUGUCGAACCGUCGACGCGAGGCCGGCCGCGCGAAGUACCGGCUGGCGCACGUGGUCCGCACCCACAAGGGCGCGGACGACCGGGCGUACCGCUGCGUCUACGAGGAGGAGGACGCCGAGGGCCACUCCGGUAUCUCCCUCUCCAAGGACCUCAUGGCUAUCGCCGGGGAGGCGCUCAAGUCCAACAUCACCACCAUGGGGCCGCUGGUGCUCCCCAUGUCGGAGCAGCUCCUCUUCGCCCUCAACCUCGUCGGCCGAAAGCUCAUCAACCCAGAGUGGAAGCCCUACAUCCCCGACUUCAAGCAGGCCUUCGACCACUUCUGCAUCCACGCCGGCGGCCGCGCCGUCAUCGACGAGCUGCAGAAAAGCCUGCAACUGUCGGCGGAGCACGUGGAGGCCUCGCGCAUGACGCUGCACCGCUUCGGCAACACCUCCAGCAGCUCCCUCUGGUACGAGCUCAACUAUAUCGAGUCCAAGGGCCGGAUGCGGCGCGGCAACCGCGUGUGGCAGAUCGGCUUCGGCAGCGGCUUCAAGUGCAACAGCGCCGUCUGGAAGUGCCUGCGCACCAUCAAAGGUCCCGUCGACGGUCCCUGGACCGACUGCAUCGACCGAUACCCCGUCGACAUCCCUGAGAUCGUAAAGCUCUAACCGUGGAUCCAUUCCUCGGUGCUUCUCCAAUUCAUCACCACUACAAACACACACGUUCUUGUACUUCCUCCACCAUCAUCGACAGUAUCCUCCUGUAACACGACGCUUCGUGCAUGUCCAUGUUCUUGCGACAGAGAGAGAGAGUGUGUGUGUGGGUGAUACAGAGAAAGUGAAGCUGUACUCAUUGUGAUGCAUUAUGUUUGUUGAUUGCGACCGAUUCCAUCCAUA